CACUAUUAUAUAUACAUGGACGCAAGAUUAGUGCAGAAACAGAUUAUCACAACCAAGGAGAUGGAAGACACCAUGAUGUUCUUAAUUCUCACCAUUUCCUUCGUUGUUAUUGCUCUCAGUUUCUUGUUGCAAACAAGAAAGCAAUACAAGAAUCUACCUCCAGGCCCGUUUGCUCUUCCGAUCAUUGGUCAUCUCCAUCUCAUGAAACAACCUAUCUACCAAACCAUCCACAACCUCUCACAAAGAUUUGGCCCGAUCAUGUCGCUUCGAUUCGGUUCCCGCUCCGUGAUCAUUGUAAACUCGCCCGAAGCUGUUGAAGAAUGCUUUACUAAGAAUGAUGUGAUUUUGGCCAAUCGUCCCCCGUUUUGCCACGGAAAGUACCUGAACUACAACUUCACCACCAUGGGAGCAGCCAACUAUGGUGAUCAUUGGCGCAGCCUUCGCCGCAUAGGCAAUAAUGAGAUCUUCUCACCGAAACGUCUCAAUGGGUUUCAAGAACUUCGUAAGAAGGAGGUCAAGAAUCUCAUGAAGAGGGUUUCUCGCGUAUCUGGUGAAAAUGCAGGGAAGGUGGAGCUAAGGUCCAUGAUUUUGGACCUGACGUUUAACAUAGUAAUGACGAUGCUUGCCGGAAAGCGGUAUUAUGGUGAAGACGUGAGUGAGCUCGAGGAGGCGCUGCAAUUUAGGGACAUGAUGAAUCAGUACGGUGAGUUUGCUAAGGAGACACAUCUAGGGGACUUGUUUCCCAUUCUGAGCAAUAUUGAUUAUAACGGGUUUGUUAAGAGAAUGAAAACCCUUAGCAAGAACAUGGAUCUGUUCUUGCAAAGACUGAUUGAUGAGCAUCGCGCUGACCGGGAUCGGAACACCAUGGUUAGCCACUUGCUGACUUUGCAGGAAGCACAACCCCAGACCUAUACGGAUUCAAUAAUCAAAGGCCUAAUUAUGAUAAUGGCAGUCGCCGGAACCAGGACUUCAGCUGCGUCUUUGGAAUGGGCAAUUUGCAAUCUGCUCAACAAUCGACAUGUAUUGAAGAAGGCAAAAGAAGAAUUAGACACCCAACUUGGAAAAGACCACUUGAUUGAAGAACCAGACAUCUCAAAACUACACUACCUUCAAGGUAUCAUUUCCGAGAACUUGAGACUGUAUCCGGUGGCCGCCAUGCUAGUACCACAUGUGGCAUCCGAGCAUUGUACCAUUGGAGGAUACGAUGUGCCACCUGGUACAAUGGUGUUUGCAAAUGCAUGGUCUAUUCAGAGAGACCCUAAGGUUUGGGAUGACCCAUUAAGUUUCAAGCCCGAGAGGUUCCUGAACGGAAAAACGGAAGCAUACAAGCUAAUGCCGUUUGGAUUAGGAAGGAGAUCUUGCCCCGGGGAGGGCCUCGCUUACAGGUUAAUGACCUUGACUUUGGGCUCAUUGAUUCAGUGCUUCGAAUGGGAUACGGUUGACGGUAAGGAAAUUAACGUGGACGAGAAGGUUGCGACCCUCAUGUCCAGAGUUCAGCCAUUGGAGGUUGUGAUGAAAGCUAGACCAGACCUAGACGACAUUCUCGCCUGAGCUACCAAGGAAGUGAAAGGAAUCAAAGCGUUCAGUUCUCUGUUCUUUUCGUUUAUCAAAUAAAGACUGUACAACGAGGAAUUAAGUUAAUGUAUUACGUUAAGCUUUGCUCCCAACUUCCAAUUCGGAGUUUAGAGUUA